UAAGAUUGUCUACAGAUUUUAAGCAUUAGUUUGUGAUUGUGAUAUGUAAUUUAACAAAGGAAAUAAUAAGUAAUACAAGUGUCAGUCAUCCGUUUGUAUUAAAAAGUGUUGGGAGUACAACUAACUAAUAUUAAAUUUUACGUAUUUGCUAAUAUACCUACAAGAAAAUAACGGAAUUCCUAACCUAUUUAUCAUGAAGUGCUCAGAACUGAGAUUUGUGUAGUGAUGUAAAAUUCUACAGACAUAGACAUAGCAUCAAUACUUUAAUAAUAGCCAUUACAUUAAGAAACAUGAUUUUUUAAUGGAUUUUAUGACUACUUACGAUUCAUUGCUUAUAUUUCCAGGUGCAUAUUUACAAUCCCUUUUUAACAUAGUACGAAACAGUGAACGAGAAUUUCGGUAAACGCGUAAUCAUCAGGUGAUUCUUAGCGCAUGCUCAUUCGAGAUUUGAAUAGAACCGCCAACAUGGAUAACCGGCUUGAAUCUCAUUUUAUUUCAAACUGUCAAGAAUUUAGGUUAGUUAGUGCUUACCGGUUAUCAUGCCGUCGGAAAAAUUAGAGAAAGUUGUUAUGAAACCUUUUAAAAUGGAUCCAGCUCAAAAUAAUUCUCAACAAGAACUAGUAAGGGAAAAUCCAGAAAAUGAAAGGAGAAUGCGAGAUGUUACUUUUCGCGAGUGGGUUGUUGUUGCAAUAUUGUGUUUUGUCAAUUUAAUAAACUAUAUGGAUAGAUUUACUAUUGCAGGAGUCUUGGACAAAGUAAAAUUAUACUACGGCAUUCAGAAUGAUUCGGGGGGAUUACUGCAAACCGCUUUUAUACUCAGUUAUAUGUUAUUUGCUCCUAUAUUUGGAUACCUAGGAGACAGAUAUAACAGAAGAUACAUUAUGGCCUUUGGAGUAUUAAUGUGGAGCGUUACAACUUUAUGUGGAUCAUUUAUGACGAAUUUCUAUUGGUUCAUUUUUUUCCGGGCGUUAGUCGGAAUAGGAGAAGCAAGUUAUUCAACCAUUGCUCCAACAAUAAUUAGCGAUUAUUUCGUGGGAGAUAUUCGAUCCAAAAUGUUGGCAAUAUUUUAUUUUGCCAUUCCUGUAGGAAGUGGUAUGGGCUAUAUUAUAGGCUCUGAAACUGCCGAUUUACUGGGGCAAUGGCAAUGGGCACUACGUGUAACACCUGCCUUAGGGGUUGCAGCUGUUUUACUUAUUUUAUUUAUACUGAAUGAUCCUGAAAGAGGCCAAAGCGAAUGCAGUACUCACAUGGAACCUACUCCUUGGUUAGAGGAUCUCAAGGAUAUCGUUCGCAACCGAAGUUUCAUGUACUCUACAGCUGGAUUCACUUGUGUAGCCUUUGUAGCAGGUGCAUUAUCCUGGUGGGGUCCAUUGUUUAUUGAAAAAGGCUUAAAACUACAGUCUAAUACGGAUGUUGAUUCUGACAACGUACCAUUCAAAUUUGGCGUCAUAUCAAUGUUAGCAGGUCUUUUGGGUGUACCUUUUGGCAGUUAUGUUGCACAAAAAUUGCGUGGCAGGUAUCGACGGAUCGAUGCCAAUAUUUGCGCAUUUGGUUUAUUGACAUCUGCUCCUCUGGUAUUCCUGGUCUGCGUAACCGCCAAGUACAAUGUUUCAUUAUGUUUCACACUCGUUUUUUUUGCCGAGUUUUUCUUCAACCUCACUUGGUCUAUUAUCGCAGAUAUACUUUUGUACGUUGUGUUACCUACAAGAAGAUCUACAGCAGAAGGUUUUCAACUUCUAUUUUCCCAUGCCUUGGGCGAUGCUGGUAGUCCAUACUUAAUAGGAGUGCUCUCUGAAUUAUUCAAAACAUAUCUCCAAUCAAGAUCAAGCUCAAAUUCAACCACAAAGGAUGAUGAGAUUGAAUUCACAUCUUUACAAUACGCCCUCUUUUCAACGUGUUUUGUUGAAAUUAUGGGUGGACUAUUUUUCAUAGUCACCGCAUUUUACAUAGUACAAGAUAAAAAGAAAGUUGACGAUGCAGUUCACGGACAACUUCCUACUGAUCGUAACCACUCAGAGCAGCAAGAGCAGUUACAAGUGGAUUCUUAUUAAAACUUUGAAAUCCUCCGCCAAUUCACGACAGCUUCUAGUAAACAAUCAAGACAAUGAUCACAAUAUUUCUUGAUCAUUCCUGUAUUAAGUAUCGAGAGGAUAUAAUAUGAGUGUAAUCCAUUUCCUCGUCAAAGAAGACUGCAUUUGAACACCAAAACUAACCGAAAAAGUAUAGUAAUAUAGUACAUAUAGGAAAAUAGGUAUAAAUAAAACUACACUUGUUUGAGAGAUUUGAAACAUGAGUAGAGAUUGCAUAGUUAGCUUAAAACAUUCUUUUAUCUAAACUACUUGUCUAGGUUUCAAUAUAUCAUAUUGUAAAGUUUUUAAUGCAAGUACAGUGAGUACUAUUGAAAUAUAAUAUGAAAUUAAAUACUGAUUAUUAUUUAUUAUUUAUAUUCUUAUUUCAUUUCAAUUUAUUUCUAAUGGAAAUGCAUUUGUUGGAAUAAAAAACUGAUAUUUUUUGAAAAAUUGUUCUAGUAUACCAAUAGUGGAGUCAUUUGAAUAACCACUAAAAUGCUGAUGAGAUCCUUUUGAAAUCAUUAAACCAAUUUGCAUGAAAUAUAUCACUCAAUUGCAAUCAAUAUUAAUAUUUCUAAGAUUAUCGGAAAAUGUGCUGUGAAUGUGAUCAAAAUAAAAAAAAAUACAUACAAUACACACAGAGCAUACAAUAUUUUUUUUUAUAUUGAUUACAUUCGCAGCCCUAAUAGACUAUAUACAGUAUUAUUUUCAAAUUAACAUUAACAAGCAUUUUCCGAUAAUCUUAGAAAUAUUAAUAUUUAUUGUUUCUUCUAAAUCUAUUCUCAUUGGUGAUUUAGAAAUACAAAAUAAGAUGGUAUAUAAACAGAAUUAGGAAUUUUGAAAUAUUAUCAAGCUUUGGUAGGCUAAUAGGAAUAAAUUAAAUCAUAAGCAUACAUUUGAGACUCUGUAUAUUAAAGUGAAAUAUUGUAUAUAAAUUUGAAAUUUCUCAAAUCUCUAUAAACACUAAAUUAUAAAUCUGUACAAAAAAUUUUGGAUUUCCAGUUUUUCAUUCCAUUUAUCUGAUGCAUUUGUUCUUGAACAAUACCAAAUGAAUUUGUUUUAAAAAAGUGAAUGGACUUUGAAGACAUUACUAAAUUUGGAUCUGAUUAUUUUUCUUUGAUAAUUCUUCUCUGGAACUCUUACACAAUCUCAUAGUAAAUAUCAGUAAUCCAUGGAGAGAACUCUAGCUUUAUAGAUAUAACAAUUCUAAAUGACAUAAGGCUCUGACAAUUUUAGUUAAAAAUUUGUGAAAAAGCACAAACUUCAUUCUAAUGCUCAUAUCUUACCAUCAUUUAGAAACUUUUCAUUUAGAAGAAAUAUAAAUUAUUAACAUUUAAAGAUCAAAAUGUGGUUCGAUAAAAUAUUCAAUAUGCUCUAAAAAUGAUCAAUUAUAUAUAAGUUAAAUUAACUUAUUACAAUAGUUAUUUAUUGAUUAACAUGCAGGAUAUAUUUAUUUUAUACCUAUUUUCUGAGUGAAUUAAACUGGUACUAUUUAGUGAAAUUGCUUCCGCUAAAAAUUAUAAGUUGUUUGCUCCACUUCGGGUGCCUCGAUUGGAUAAAAAAUUGAAAUAAAACAAUUAAUUUGAGAAGAUCUGCUAUCAGAACAAAACAACAAUUAGACUGUUUCAAACUAUGAUUAAUUGAAUAAAUCAACAAAUCACCUUUAAUUUGUACCCUACUAGGGAUACAGGUGUUUUCAAUGACAUCGACAGAUGACCCUAUAAGUACAUCUAAUAAAUCAUUUUAUUUGAGUCCUGAGUUUUAUUUUACUAGCACUCAAAUGGUUUUAUAAGAAAAUUAAAUAAUUGUUUUCAUUCAGAAUUUCUCGAAAGUUAUGAGCAGGUGUUCUACCUUUUGAGACUGAAAUGUUUUAACCGGCCAACCAAAUUCGUUUAGUACCACAUCUGUUGGUUAAAGAAAAUUUUCCUAAAAUUGAUAUCCGAACAAUGGUUUAUGAAGGCCAAAAUUACCAAUAUUGCAGUCUGCUCUUGGAAUCAUUGAAAACAUCUAAAGGGGUGACAAUGAAAUGAAACUGAAAUGUAGGUGAUAUUAGAACUUAUACAAAUUGUUUAUUAUUAUUCAUAUUUUUUUAUAAUUAAAUUAACUUAGUACCUAAUAAAAAAUGUGAUACAAAUAUCACGGAACAUUAUUAAUUGCAACAGACCAACAGAUACUCCGCCUAUGAUUGCAUGAAAACAUUGUUGCAAUUGAUUAACAAGUUAGAUUUUGUAAUCCUAUUCUUUAAUGAAAACAGCCCACAAUGAUGUAUACUGUGUUAAUAUUUCUCCAAAUUUCUGCAUAAAAAAAGGUUUUUGGAAUUUUGUACUGAAAUAUAAUAAUUAUUUAUGUAAAAUUGCUCAUUUGCCCAAUAUGGCACUUAGAAUUUUUGAUUGGAAUAUAGUUUUUUAAUAACAAACUCGAAAUAAAAAUUAGUCAGCAGUGAGUACCAUGUAGUAAAUUAACCUUAAGAAUUAAGUUAUAAUUAAUUUCAGACUUUAACCAACAAUAAAUAUACCAUAUAAUAAAAUGCAGGAUUUUUCAUUAUGUAUUAUGUAAUAAAUGUAAUGAUUAUGUGUAUACACAAUAAAUGUAGUAGUGUAAAUAGAAGGUGUCCCUAAAACAAGGAAUAUUUGAAUUAAAUAGAGAAAAAAGCUGUUAAUCAUUAGACUACUAUAUUUAUUAAAUGUUAAAUCAAUUGAGCUAAUUUAAUUUGUAUGUUCUGAUUGCAAAAAUUGUUUUAUUAUAUCUUUUAUAAUACAGAAACAUCUUGACCGCUAGUUUAUUAUAUAAAUGUAUUGCAACUAAUAAUGAUUUUAGAAGUGGAAUCAACUUUGACUCUACCUUUUUCUGAGUUGUUUAUUUUAUGAAGGUAUUCUGACAUGUGAAGCAAUAUUUAAUUUAUUAACUGUUUCUUUUCUGAUUAUCCAAACAACUAAGCCUUCCAUUACUAUGUGUAUUUGUUAUAAAUGAAUGUAAAAAUUGGCGUCAAUUUUAUUAAUUGUUAAGCUUCAGAUGUAUCUAUUUCGUGUGUGCUCUUUGUGUAUUGUGUGAAUUUCGUGGGAAUUUGUGUGUACCUAUAGAUGUUAAUUGAAAAAUAAUGUGAAUAACUUGUACACAAUAAUAUUCAUAAACUCAAAAAAUUUAUUACAAAGUGGCCUUGGUUAAAUGUAUAUUAUUGAUUGGAAAUAGGUUUUAAUUUAUUAUUGUGGUGAGAGUUUCCUGACUAUUGGACAUAUUACUGUACAAAAAUACUGUCACUUUUAAGCAUUUAUAAUAAAACACUUAUUGAGUUAGAAUAACGAAAGUUUUCCAAUUAGCUUCAAUUAGAUAAUGUAUUUGAAAAGUCAAGUCUGUUCUAUUUUCACUGGCAUUUGAACUCUCAUUAUAUUACAAAUCUACGAAAAUUUCAAACGAGCAAACACUUUUGGUAGUAUUUUUAAGUUUACUUUUAGAGUUCAUUCCUUUCUACCGUCCAUAACACUAUUUAGUAGUGAUGUGACUUUGUUUACAGUGGGAAUAUAUUUCGAGUGGUUACAUAAUUUUAAAGCUUAAAUUUUCCAAUUAUAUUAUCUAUUAAAAUAGAUUCUCUUGAAGGCUCAUCAUGUUCAACGAAUCUAAAUAAAUAUAUUGAGGUUGAGUUAUUUUUAAUUUAGAUGUUUUCUGCUCAUUAUAAGUAUAUAUGAAAUAAUUUGAUAUUUUACAGGAACAAUUCGUUCAAUUACAUCAAAUCUUAUUAAUUGAAUAAAAUAUUAAUCUCAAUUAUCUAUACUUCUUAUUAAAAUUAAUUUGUUUGGGACUCUUAUCUACACCAAUUAUCUACUUUUCACUAAAGCACCAUACAGAACAAUGAAUUCAUUCCAAACCAUUGAAGGUUCAUUAAUUAUUGGAUGUAUCAAAGCUUGUUAAAGUAUUCUAUUAUCUAUCAAAGUUCUAAUAUUUUGUGUAUGUUGGUAUCACUUUAUUUAUGCACAAAGAGAACUUUCAUUUAUAUGGUGAAUUUACCAAAGUUAUCAAUUUUUUCUGAUUUUUUUCUAAUUUUGUUUUGUGUAUUAAUGUCUCAACUUUUCCUCUACUUUCAAUAAUCUUGAAAUUAUUUUUUACUCACUUUCCUCGUAUAUCAGAACACAUUAAAAGUUAUUUUUUAAAAAGAUACAGAGCACAAUUUUGUAGAAUCUCUCCAGUGGAGGAAACGGUCAGGAUUGUCAUUAAAGUGUAAUCAACCAAUUUUAGAAUUGUUUUAAUCCCCAGCUUUUAACAAUCUUUGAGAAUUCUAUAAGAGAGCAGAAACAUUUACUUUGCUAUUUAUUCUCGUCUAUAUUAACAAGUUCGAAUUGUUGAUUUAAGGACUAAGCAAAUUUUAAUUAUGACGGUAUAAAGAACUUUUAUUUUGUAAUAAUGUCCAAUUCUUGAAAACCAAUGUUGAAAUUAAGUUUCUCGUUUAUUUCCAUCAAAAUAUUUUAUGUCUACCUUACUACUUAUUAGUAUUUGUGUGAACCAGUAUUCACGGUAUAGAAGUUCAUAAUGAGUACAAUUGAAUUUCUGUUUUUCAUUUUAUGAAAUGUGUAAUUAUUAUUUACAACAUUCCUCAAAAUGGUGCUGACAGUGAUAAAAGAACAGAUAAUAGCUCAAAAUGAAAUGAGCUAUUUUUUACAAUAAAAAGUGAAUUUUCAGUGUUUUGAAAUUUUAAUUAUUGUAUUUCCAUCAUAAUAUAUUUGUUUGUAACUAAUACCCUUAAAACUCAAUAGACUUUGUAGUUACUAAUUUUUGUUAUACUCAUUCACAAAUAAUUUCAAUUCCAUAUAAUUAAUUUGUUUUUUGGUGGUACAAAAUCUUGAUGAUAUAUAAAAAUAAAAAAGGAAUUUUUAUUAAACAAGGACUUUAAAGUAUUGUUUCAUUAGAUGUGAUGUUAUAUGUUAUCAAAAUCGUUUCUAUAGGUGUACUUUUUAUUAUUAAUCAUAGACCAAAUUAUACCAUUAACAAUAUAUAAAUAUGAUGGUUUAACCUGAUAUUUGAUAUCUGUUACUAAGAUCACUCUUAAAAGUUGGUUGUUAUAUUGUAUUUCAUAUAUUAGCAACUUUUCCAGUUUAAAUAGGUGGUUAUUGCAUUUGUUCAAAUUUGUUUAAAAUGAUGCCAAAUAAUAGAUGUAUGGAACAUUUUUAAUUUUAUCUGAAAAAAUAUAAAUUGAUAUCAAUUCAGUAAGAUCCUGAACUAUCAACAGUUAUUUUUUAGUAUAUAUAUUUUGUGAAUUUUUUGGUAGAAAUAGUUUUGGAUUGGUCAAACCGCAUCUAUCUCAGUAAAUUUUGCAAACAUUCAUUUAUUCCAAUAUUAUCUAUAAUAACAAAAUAUUACUGUUGUAUAUUCAAUUUGAUUAAGCUAUUAUUAAAUUUUUCAGAAGUUGUGGGAUUUUAUAUACUCAGAUUGGUCGUACAGUGUCGCUGAGAUUGGGGUGGGAAAUUUUUGGAUGUAAUUAAAUUAUUCGAGCCACAUUGAUAUGCAUUAAAAAUAUUUUUCUUUGUGAAGUCACGUUUAAUAUAUAUAACAUUAACCUGUAUCCGAGAUUUCUUGAACCCUGAAAAAUACUAGUGUUAUAUGUAUAGUAAAAAAUCACUUGCAAAUCUUGAAAAGAGUCUGGUUUAAUAAGUCUGGCUCUUGGCUAGAAAGUAUAAACAGUAAAAUAAUAAUAACAAUUUUUGUAUGCAAGGAACAAACUCAUAAUCGAGUUGCAUUGACAGGUACCCGAUGACUAGAAGGUUAACAUCUUUAUGCCUGUUUCCUAUUUAGAUUCAUUUGUGGUGUUGUAAAUCCGUUGUUUUGUCCGAUUAUAAAACUUUGGAUUUUUCAAAGAUUAGAAUUUGACAAUUAUGAAAAGUUCUGUAUUGUAAUUUGUAAGGUAUAACAUCACAUAGUUCUCUUUUAAUUAUUCAAUUAGAGAAAUAGUAAAAUUUUCAAAAUAAUGUACGGAACUAGGUAUUGUAACUAUGACUUAUAAACAUAAUCACGUUAAUAGUUAGCUGUUGAUUGGAAGUUAAGAGUUAAGGGAAAUAUAUUGUGAAACAGGUCAAAUAAACUUAGUUUAAGUUCACAAUUGCCAUUAUGAUUAUUUCUUCAUAAGCUUAUUCAUUCAAUUCAAUUCUUUCGAGUUGGAAAACAAGUUAUAUAAACUCCAUUAUUUGAAAUACAAAUUUAUAUAUUAUUUUUAUGCAGAGCAAUUAUAUAAGGUAUAUAAGUUGAGGACGUGAAAAUAUAAAUUUGGUAAUAUAGUAAUUUUAAUUUAUUUAUUAUGGAGAAAUAUAGAUUCUAUAUAUUAAUGUGAAUUAACUACUUCAUUAGUUUUAUAUCAUCAUAAAACAUAGUUUCAUUUAUAUAUUCAUUUAUUUAUAUCAAAGAUGUUAGUAAGUGUUACUGAUGCACGUAAUUUUAAGUAGUCCAGUGUGAGUGAAACCAUCUCUGAUAUCAUUUCACUAUUGACUUGAGAUACCCCUAACCUUACCAAAUUGAGAAAAUUUUGAAACAGACGUACACAUAUGCAAAAUCCUUGUUUAAAGAUAUCAUCGUUUCUCAGAUGUUCAAAAAAUCUACUGUGAAAAAUGUUGAAAAUUUGCAGAUUUGUUUCUUGCAAAAUUAUUAUUCAGAGAUAUAAUUGCUUUUCAGAAACUCAAAUAUCUAGUGUAAAUUUUUAAAAUUUUCAGAUGUCUUCUUCAGUUAAAAUACUAUCAAUAUUUACAUAUAUUCAUAUAACCAAUAAAAGUAGUAGAUGCUUUAUUUAAUUAGAUCAUUCAAUCUCAAAGCGACGAAUUAAAAGGGAGAAGUGAUCACAUUUUACUUAAUAACAAUAAAGCACAAACUUCCCAAAAGUAUUAUAAAGUUGAGAUUCUGGAAAACUUUUGUGUAUAUUACGGUAUAAAUAUUCAACUGUAAUUUUUUAGGCUAGUAAAUAAUCACUAGUCAGAUUUUUAUACCAAAAUCUGAAAUAGUGGCUCAUAGUAUUAUUUCUAGUUUCUAUUUUUCUAUUUAAACAAUGUUAUACCAUUUUAAUCAAGUAGCCACACUGAAACUCACCAAAAUAAUGUGAUUGGUGUGAACAGUUUGUUUUUGAUAGAUUUUGAUUGUUUUCAGUAACAAAAAUUAUAUUGUUAAUGUGAUUGAAUAUUGAAUAGGUGAUUGCUUAAUAUGUAUACUUAUAUUUUCGUUUCUUAAAUGUCGAAAGUUAAUACUUUAUAAAUGAUGAAGUAUAUAAUAGCAUAAUUGUCAACCUAAAAUUAUGAUUGUUGGGAAGGUAUAAUGAAAGGUAAAUGCGCAAUAUUAGUAUUUCCUUUUAAUUUUAUAAGAAUUGUACAGUACAAUCUAAUACCAUUGGCAAUAUGAUUUUUGUUGUAAUCACAAGGAAUCCCUAUAUUUGCAGUGUGCAGAUUGUAAAAUAUUAAUUUAAGUUGGUUAUUUAAGACUGAAAACAUGAAAUAUGUAUUUGUAUAUUUUUUUCUUCCCAUUUUGUAAGCCCACAGAUUGUUUUUUUGUUUUUAAAACAUAUUUAUAUAUAAAAUAAAUGUAAAAUAGUGAA